CAGGAUCGGUUUUCAAAACACUGGAAUAGGAAUUCGGACACACGCGGUUUACUCAGGGUGGCCACUGUGGCGUGUGAUCGUUGCCCUUUUAUUGUUGGAUAACAGUCUUUUACGGGAAAUUGGAGGUGCACUUUCUUUUUCCUAAGAAAAACGGCCAUGGCUACCCUUCUAUCUUUCUCAGGUAGCCCUGUGGUUGUCUAUCACAGAACCCAUCCCACAUCUCUUUCUUCUCUCAGACACUCGUGUUUUCUCACUCUAGUCAACCCCAAAAAGAAACUCAGAGGUUCAUUCAGACACAAUCGACCCAUCUCAGCUCAAUCCAAUGGCGGCAACUCCGCAGAUACCCCAGAUCGCUUGAUAUCUGCUCUCUGCUACUUCUACCCAUUCUUUGAUGGAAUACAGUAUGGGAAAUACGUCAUUACUCAGUUCUCUCCCAUCCAGAUACUCUUGCAGCCGUUGGUUCCGGCUAUUCGAGUCUUCAAAAGCUUCCCCUUCAAUGGUUUUUUGGUGUUUCUGGCGCUCUACUUCGUUGUUGUUAGAAACCCCAACUUUAGUAGGUGCCCAGAUUGCCGAUUGUCGCCGAAGCCGCUGAGAGGCAAGUCCUGUGAUUUUCCCAUUUGAUAUUCAAUUAACUGGAAAUUCAGGAGGUCGGUCUUAUUUGUUUCUGUCUACGAUUAUUAAUUUGAAGACUUUCUUUGGAAGUUGUACAAAUUUCUCCUUGGCAUACUUUAUUUUUAAUUGUUAAUGUUUGAGACAACUGAAAUUACCCAACUGGAUUUAGAAGUCCAUACAUUAGUUUCUUUCAACUAUUUAUAUGAUUUUAGGUUGUAUGGUUGAGGUAAUAGCAAUUUAGUUACUGAUUCUGAUUUUUUC